AUGGGACGUCAGGUGCUGCCUUUGAGCGUAUAUAUUAUCGACAAAGUUACUCAACACUCCAUCCGGGAGAGGGAUUCGCUAAGGAGAGCUUUGGCGGAAUCGGCAUUGUCGGGAAACAACAGCAUGGUUCCGGCGAAUGAAUCCUCAGUUAGGAAAAUGUUGAAAAGGGUUUGCCUCGAAGAUGAAUCUGAAGGAAGCAAGAAAAAGAGGCGAGUGAAGGGCGAAGACUGCAUCAUAUGUCUCGAGGAAAUCGAGGUCGGUUCAACAGCUUCUCAGAUGCCUUGCUCUCAUACCUUUCACGGUCAUUGCAUCGAGAAUUGGUUGAAAGAAAGUCAUUACUGUCCUCUUUUCCGAUUUGAGUUGCCAACUUAG